UGUUGGCUCGUUAAAAGUUAAAGCAUAACAUAGUCCCAAGCUCACAGACGUUGAGAAAGACAACAACAUUGGAACCCUUCUCUGUCGUUAACCUUUCUCCCCUUUCUUCUCCAUCGUGAACCUGAUGACAGUGGUGGACGUGGCCGGUUCACCAUAACACAAAACUUUGAGAUCUCUGUAUGUUAGAGUGUAGACUGACAAAUGGAGGCACUGAAAUCAUGUUAUGGGGAUGGAUCUUCUGAUUCAGAUUCUGAAUCUGUACCGUCAGCUCCAACUUCUCCGCCCUCAGCAGUGUUCACAUCUUUGCCACCACCUCCUAUCUCUCUCCUUGACCCGUCAACAUUUCUUGAUCUGCAGAUAGGUCAGGCAACAAGGGUUAGAAGCUUCCCUCAUGUUGAUGGUAACUAUGCCUUGCAUAUCUACAUACCAAUUAACAUUUCAUCUCCAUCGAAGAAAGAACUAUCUGCUUUCUUGAGAAAAGUUUCAUCUCGGGAACCAAAUCUUAAUGCUGUUGAUGUUGAUGUCCCUUUAAACGUCCUCUGCCAAAAUGAUGAGAAGCUCGAACAAGUGGCCUUAGGAAGAGAAUUUCAUAUAAGUUUGGGAAGAACUGUUCCAAUACGAGUGCACCAGAUUGACUCAGUGGUCUCAAUGCUGAAACAGAAGCUUCAAAUUCAGCGCCAGUUUUGGAUAGACUUUAACAAGUGGGAGGUUUUUGUUAAUGAUGAUCACACUCGCACCUUUAUCUCAGUAGAAGUUGUUCAAGGAGGGUUGAUAGAGAUUACAAAGCAAAUUGAAGCAGUCAAUACAGUUUACAGACUUCAUAAUCUUCCUGAGUUUUACAAGGAUCCUCGUCCGCACAUAUCCUUAGCAUGGGCACUGGGUGACAUUUCCCAUUCACUGAAGAAAGUUGUCGACGAGGAAAUGAAGUUCGCUGUGGGAAAAUCUUUCGAGAAGAGUAUUUUUAGCUGUAAAUUCAAAGGUAUUGAAUGUAAGAUUGGCAAGAAAGCAUAUGCAAUAUGCAAAAUUCCUGAUGGACAGUAAUUAUACGUGCAUUCUAAAGAAAGAGCAUGCGAUUUCCUGAAAUAUUGAGGUGCAUGGAAUUCUUAUAUAAAAUGAUGGGUUUUCUUGCUUUGGGGACAACUUGAUCAUAAAUAUUUACGAGGGAGAUGUAAAUGUGACUUCGUUAUUUUAUACCUUACUAGUUGUAGACCAGACCCAAUGCUUGUACGAGUUCACCAAAGCUGUGUAGAGAUUACUUCGUGAAAUAUUAUUAUUAAUAAUAUAAACACACAGGCGUGAUGAUUGUCCACA